ACCAAUGGGUUGCUCUGGAAGCGCACAAAAUAGCAAAGAUAAAACUAUCAAGAAGCCAAAUGUGAAUUCAAAGAAAGGUUCAAAUCUGGAAAAUGCAACGCCUUCUAGAAGAGCUAACUUAAAUAGAGGGAUAUCUGAGAGACCUAAUAGGCAAGCCUUGGAUAAAUAAGAACACUAUUGAAUUAACUACAGCUUCUACUAAGUUAGUCAAGGCUAAUACAGGCGGUAAUCCUGGUAGUAAUAAGAUUAAGCUUCAAAGAGAUAGUGAUUCAAAUGAUGCUUCUGUACAUUCUUCCGAGGAUCAUAAGGAUUCCCAAAACAGCCAGAACUCAGAUAGCUCCAGUAGUGAUUCUGAUGAAGAAAUUGGAUGCUUUAGUCCAGUGAAAAAGAAAGGGACUGAACAACACAGGCGCUCAAGCGUGAACUUGACCUUUGUAGAAACUGGUGCUGAAUAUAAAGGAGAAAUGCAUGACCAAACAAACAAAAUGGAUGGGAUUGGGGAGAUCUCUUACCCUGAUGGCACUUUUUAUAAGGGCCAACUGAAGCAAGGAGAAUACCACGGAAAGGGAUCUCUCUAUCUAUCGAACGGUGCUAAAUACGAAGGAGGGUUUGAGGAAGGAAAAUAUCAUGGCAAAGGAACUUUAACUAGCAAAGAAGGCACUGUUUAUGAAGGCAAAUGGGUCAGAGGUAAAAAGCAUGGCUAUGGUACACAAACUGUCCCAGAAAAGGAGGUAUACGAAGGUGACUUCAAGCAUGACUUAUACGAUGGCAAUGGCAGGAUAAAUUUCUCCAAUGGACUUAUAUACACAGGAAAGUUCUCUAAAGGAAAAUUCCACGGUGAAGGUAUCUUUGAGAAACCAGACGGAUCAAAAUCAGCUGCUAUCUGCAACAAUGGUGAAAUUGUUGAAGAAUUAGAGGAUGGAGAAAUAGACUAAAUACAAACAUUCCAUU